AUGCUCCCUUACGGAGUCUUCAAUAUUUUCCUUCUCUUUGCUGAUAUUUUCAUCGUGUUGGUGGGAAUUUUAGGAAUAUUACUUUCUAUUGGAAAGGUGGCGAACGAGAAAUUGUGGUCUCUCUUCCAUGGAGGAGCCAGUCUCUUUGGUGUGCCAGCCAUUUGCUUUAUGCUCUUCCUUCAAUGGACCACUGAAUUCUCAGCCCAUAACAUCUUCAUCUUCCUCCUCACUAUCGGAUCCACAACUGUAACAACAACAACACAGGCUCAAGCAUUGACUUAUAUUAAUCCAAGUUUUGCUGUAAUUUUCAAUCUAGUCUUGUUGGGUCUUGCUGUUUUCAAUGGAUUUACUGCUGUUGGGCAUUUGAAGGAAAUUAUGCCUGAAGUGUUUGGUUCAUCAUCAAAGAGUUCGGGAGCAAAUGUUUAA